GCAUCGCCGCCGCCUGCUCCGCCGCUCCGUGCGGGGCCAUGGCCGCCCGCUCCCUGCAGCGCCUCGGGGCCCUGCUGCCCGCGGCCGGCAAGGCCGGCACAGGCAGUUUGUAUUUCAGAGGGUGCCCCUGUGCUUUCAGCACUGCAGCUCAGCAGAGGAGCACAGGAGAUGAGUGUGGCCCAGAGGACCCCAGUGAGGAGCCCAAGCACCCCCUCUCUGACUGUGCCUUGGAGCACAAAGCAAUCAAAUUGGAAGAGCAAGUCCGGGAUUUAACUGAGCGAUACCGGAGAGCUUUGGCAGAUUCCGAGAACGUCCGGAGGAGAACGCAGAAGUUUGUGGAAGAUGCCAAACUCUUUGGCAUCCAGAGUUUCUGCAGGGACCUGGUGGAGGUGGCAGACAUCCUGGAGAAAACAACCGAGAGCGCCGCGGGCCACGCCGAGGAGCCCAGCGAUCCCAACCCCACCCUGAAGAAGAUCUACGAGGGCCUGUCCCUCAUCGAGGCCAAGCUGCAGAGCGUCUUUGCCAAGCACGGCCUGCAGAAGAUGAACCCUGUCGGGGGCAGCUGCUGGCAAAAUGGAGCUGAGCCCUUAAGCAGGAAAUCUGGACUGUUCUAUUUUCUCAGCUCUCCGGUAGAGAUCCUCAGAUUACACCGACUUCCAGUCCACGUUCUGAUUCUACUUUCAAUGAUCCUAGUAAAUAUGAAACCUUAUGGGUUUUAAUGCAAGGAGAAAAAUCUUCUCUGCUUCAAGGUCCCAAGUGCCCUUGAACCAAUUUUAGCAGCAGUGACAAGAAAGCAAGAGAAGCAGAAGGCUGAGGAAGUGAAAGCUGACCUCGAGCUGUCCUCCUGGUUGGAGGCAUGUUGUUGUCACAGCACAUGUGUAUUUCCCACUGGCCCUAUUGCCUGGGAGUUCAUUUGUCUCAGCUGAAAGGAUGCAGUCACUGAGGAGGAUCAGAAUUUAACCCUUUGCAGAGCAGCAAGUGGUCAAAUGACAGAAGAACAGUUAAGCCACAAAACCAGGAAUGGUUGGUUUUCAGCUUGUUUCUUUUUGAGUUGUUCUUUCCUUCUUUUUUACUUUCUGGAAUUGGUUCCAUAACCUGACAAGUGCACUUCCAAAAAUACUUUUACUUAGAGUGGAUGCCAUCCCUGGUUUGGAAGAAAAUUUAUUCUUCUCCAAUUCCUUUCGAGGCUUCAGCUGAAAAAACCUUAUAUGGUGGACUUCAAGAUUGUCUCAGCCUUUAAUACUGCCAGUCUUUCACCUGGGGAGACUGUGUGCAGUUAGUGGGUUGGCAUCCCAGAAAUUUAAGGAAUCUGCACAUUUCUAACCUGCUCCAUGCAACCUUUUUUAGUGGCAGCUGUGGUGUGAGUCUGUAGUGGAUCCUUUUUGGACUGUGGGUUUCUGCCUCGUGCAGUAGGUUCUGGAGAUUUCAACCCUGAAACGGCACUUCUGGCAGCUUUAACUUGUGGGCAGACCUCUUGUUCAGUGUCUUGUAUUAUUACCAUGUUUUUGGAAGUUUCAGAGAUAAACAGGACUUCCUAUCCAUUGUUGUGCUGAGGAGGUCACCAGGGUAUGCUGUUUCUCCAGAGAAAAAUGGGUAAAACAUGAAAUGUGGCACUACAAAUGUGGCUGUUCUUCCUGAAAAGUGAGGAACCCAUGUCCUCAGCUGGAGGGAGCAGUGGGGUCUCUGCUGCCUUUUCGGCCCCUGCUGUUUCAGCUGAGUCUUGCAGUAUGAGGGGAGAGCUGGAAACCAACUUUGAAAGUGAAAGUUUAAAAUACACAGGCAUUUUACACUACAGAGACUUUUCUGUCACUGAGAGGCUGCAGCUGAGUGUGACCAGGAGUGAUGGGAUCCAAAUCCUCUUUAAACUCACCCAUGGAGCCACUGGACUGUAAAAAAAUGUUACAGCCACUCAGUCCAACUUGGGUUUGCCAACUCUGCCUGUCUCCUCAGCCAGUGUUCACCCACUUCUGCCUUAAGGAAAUACCCUAAAAUGCACUCCAGACCUCCUGUCUGUACUGAGAGAUGGUUUAUCAGUUUGUCUGUCUGGGGUCUGCUCUCACUGAGGCACUGCAGUAGGGCUCUGAGGGAUCCAGCUCCUCUGCAGUCUUUCCCACCCUCACAGAGGCCCUCUUUAAUUUGGGGCAAGUUUUUCUCCCAGUGAAACCUCCAAAACUUCUGCAGGAUCCUGUCAGGUUUUACGAUUCCUGUGAAACGGAGGCAAUGCUGAGAGACUUUCACAGAUGUUACCAAAGAGAUACAUCCUCCAGCUGUUGUUUGUCCCAGUUUCUGCUUCCUUUGAAAGGUGAAAAUGAAAUAACCAAACAUGGAUUCCAUCACAGAAUCCAGAUUUCCCAGGUAAAAUUUGAUUAUUUCGCCUUUCAAGAACACUUAAUGUUUUUGUUUUUUGGGGUUUUUUUGUCCUAGAUGAGAUUGUGGAGGGGUGGGUUGAAUUUCCCCUUGGUUCUUGCUGCCUUUUCUGCCCUGUUUCUGUAACUCCUGCAGGGAGGGCACUGACCCACGAGCUGCUCCUCUGCAGUCACUUUAUCCAGUGACGGUUCAAUAAAACACAGGAAUACAUGAACAGGGCAGGAAUAGCAGAGGAGAAGAAGUGUCAUGUACCUUUUAGUCAUUUCCACACCUGGACAAGUCUCCAGUGGCACUGUCAUGAGCAUGGCAAGAUCUGAACUCUGACCAGGAGCAGUGCAGAAUGAAAUGGAUGUUGCUUUGUGAACCUUAACUUCCAGUGCUUCAGCAGCAGAGCUUCUGUUGGAAGAGCUGUGAUCACUCAAUAGCUGCUAGCAGUACCUUAAUUAAAAAAAAAGAAAAAAGUAUUUAAGUUUUAUAUUGUGAAUAUUGUAGUAUUUUUUUAUUUUAAAACUCGAGGUGUUUUGGUAUUAUUUGCAAAGUUAAAUGAACAAAGCGUUGCUAAUGUCCAAAAAUCUAAGGCCAUUGAGGUGGGGGGAAAACAUGUAUAUAUUGUAAUUUUUGUGUGUUUCUGUGCUCUUUGUUUACCCAAAGGUCUGACUGUAUGAAAGACAGAGAUGUGUGGGAACAGUGCAAGAAAUUGACAACAACAUUUGAGUUGAUGUUGGAAAGGUCUGAUUUCCUUUAGCUGUCCGGAUACUGUCAAUUUGCUAAUAAAACAGAAGAAUUGCAGUGA